UCAUGCUGCUGCCAGGUCCAGAGUGUGUCAUGGGUCCCUGUACGGCCUCCCAUUGCUGCUGUCUCCAUCGCCACACUCUGCCAUGUGCCACUUUCAGGUCUCCUCACACUGCUGGUGGGUUCCAUUUUGUCAUAGGGUGCUGGCAGAUUACGGGCCUCCCAUUGCUGCUGCCAGGCCCGUAAUCUGCCAUGGGCCCCCGUACCGACUCCUCAUGCUGCUGCCAGGUCCAGAGUGUCUCAUGGGUCCCUGUACGGCCUCCCAUUGCUGCUGUCUCCAUCGCCACACUCUGCCAUGUGCC